AUGUGCGCUCCUGUCAGGCGCCCGGCCCCAGAUCUCGAGUCCGGUUCAGAGGUACAAUGUAUGGGCAACAUGGAGGAAUUCCCGCCAAAAUUCAGCAAGGUGCUGGUGACACCUCAACCGCAGUACAUACCGGGGUAGGUAAUUCACACUACUGCUUUGCUUUUGUAUUUUAGCAAAUCAAUUAAUUAAAUACUCUAAUUAGAUUUGUGCAAUAUUACGCUUUAUUUGUAUUACAUGCAUGGUGUGCUAUGUAUAGGCAAAUUACUGCAUUCUAACUUUUUCAAUGAUGCAUUAAUGAGCAGGCUAUUCGUGCGUAAUUCCAUAGAUUUUAUGCUUGCGCAUACAUUUUACUUGAUUAUUUCGCCCUUUCUCUCAUUACACAUAGCAUACAUUCGGCCUAGUAUAGGCCUAAGGAAUUAACACACACAAUUUCACAACCCUACACGAAAUUUCCAUGAGGAUGAAAGAGCAAGUCAGUGCUCGAAGCCAUCACUCAUGGCAACGGUACCCAGGAAGGUUCAACUCAGAGGCUGAACUUGCUGACAUGAAGGAACACAACACAGCUCAAACUAACUACCUGAGUUCCAUAGUCACCUUCCACCUCAAUAAAGCCAUACUUUGAUAUAAUCAUGGACAUGGUAAUAGGUUUUAAUUAUUUACACUACUGUCAACAUGACAGAGAAUAAAUCCAAAAAGUCCUGUUUAAAAUAUUUUCACAAUCCUCACCACCUCUCUCUCUGUCCUCAGGUAUGCAGGUUAUUGCCCCCAGCUGAAGUACCACCAAGCUGCUGUCCUCUCCGGAGGUGUCACACUCGCGUCGUCUGGUCCUCCACACGGGCUGCUUCCCCUCCACAGAGACAGACAGGCCCACGGGACGAGAUCUGGAGGAGCCACCAUGGUGAACGCAGGAAUCUGGAGAGGAUGAUACCGGGCUACACUGGUAAACAUACUGUUGCUCAGCUUUCAUACAUUAAGCGGAACUCCUUCUCUUCUGUAAAAUAUGUUUUGCAUUGUGUUGACUCUGGUGUCUUUUACAGGCUUUGUUCCCAAAAGCCAGAACUACUUCUCCCGUAUGUACCCCGAGACAUGUCGCGAGACCCUGUCUGAGUUUGACCGGGACCAGCAGAGGAGGGUUCGCCUGGCAUCAGCAAUACCGCUUGUCAGCAACAACACCACCUCUGAGUUCAAUGUAACAAGCUCUAAUCUCUCUUUCUCACUUAUGCAUGCAUGCAUGCAUCCACCCACAGGGUCAUCCCUGUUUAAUAAUCCAUGCUGAGAUCCUGUGUCAUGUAUCACUCACUGUCUGUCUAAACGAGGCCAGGUGCACAACCUGGAGAGCUCUCCAAUCAUAGACCAUCCACAGAUUCAGAUCAAUUAUGGGCUAGAUUCAAUCAGAUUGACAUAUAGCGUUGUUUUGGUGGUGUCGGAGGUGGAACUGCAUUAGAGCUGUCAAAUCCACAAGCAGCUCAUUGCAUUACCUUAUCACAGACACUGCCAUUGGAUGCAACGAAACCACACCCGACUAUAAUCCAACAAAUCCCAUGCACCCGCAUUAGAAGUUUAUUGAAUGAUAACAAUUUCACAUUGAUACCAUGGGAGAAAAUCUUCUCCUCUUAUAAUCAAAGGUCUAUAGUCUGGGAUAGGGCCUUGGGUAGGAGCCAGAAGCUUCAAUACCUUCUCUGUCUCAACCAUAAUGUCUGUCAUUCUAUCUAUCCCCUCCAGCCUCGGAGACUGAGCACCCCUCUGACGGUCAUCUCUAAAGAGCCAGCCCCCUACAAGACCAUGGACCCCUGGAAGCCCAAAGGCUCUCCGUACAUCAUGGCAGACAGCAGUCCACACAAGUACUUCAUCUCAGGUAGGUACAGUAUGCCAGAGGUACCAUUUGAAAUACCUCAUAUGAUAGUGUUUGCUUUAGUGUGCUGCACAAUCAGCUGUAUGGGAGUCUCUUUGUAUUGACUAGAUCUUCCAUUUGGGCAAGUAUUCAGGUUUCACAGGGUACGUGCCCAAAUCUCGCUUGCUGAUUGGCACGGGCUACCCCAUCACCACCAACAAGGCCCUGGUUCAGUUUGGGAAGGAGAUGAGGAGGGACCCCACCUCCCUGGGGAGGAAUCAGGAGCCCUGCCCCCCAUCCCCACUGUCUACCCCUCCCACUGGGGCCUUCUGCCCUCCUACACCGGCCAUGUUCCAGGUGGGCCUAAACCUCUUCAAAACACUAUACAGUACCAAGCCUCACAAACAGCUAUGAAAUCUCCAUAUAUACCAUCUUGAUUAUUAUACUUUUUCAUCAUAUUAUAUAAUCACAUCAAGAUCAAGUCUUAAUCAAGUCACCUUCAAUCUGCCCACAGGAUACAAGUUCAGGUACGGCCAGACCUUUGAGCAGCUUACCCACAAUGCCUUGGGGCUGAGUGGCACUCAGAGGAAAAUUGAUGCCAGAGCCCAGUAUCGGAGGAACAAUUCACCAGACAAUCACAAGGACCAGGGUAGAGAACUGAGUGAUGAAUCCAAGGACUUAGAAAUAACAGUGUCUGUGAAACAGCAAAACUUUGGUCCGUGGACUAUGUACAUCCCAGGGUGA